GUGGGCUGAUUGGAUGCUAAAGCGAGGUUCAUCUCGAAAGCCCUCCAAUUCACCAUGAGAUACGAAAUCUUUUUGAGCUUUUUGACUACUGUGACAUGGUGCACUGGAUACGUCGUUGCACAGGCUGGGUCGUACCAGCAAUGUGGAGGUAUCGGAUGGUCUGGUGCGACAGCUUGCGCUGACGGAUGGAGUUGUCAAGCCUUGAACUCCUACUAUUCCCAAUGCCUCCCGGCUGCCUCGACAUCAGCAUCUAGCUCAUCCUCGGCCACUGCGACUUCAUCCCAACCGGCUACAUCGACUUCAUCGACUGCACCUUCUCAGACCAGCUCGCCACCCGCCAAUAUCUCGCCGGAGUGGAAGGCCGCAUAUGUGAAGGCCGAAGCUGCUGUUGCGAAGUUGAACUUGACGGACAAAGUGGGCCUAGCUACUGGAAUCGGAUGGGAGGUGGGCAAUUGUGUUGGGAAUACGCUCCCGAUAGAGUCCAUUGGCUUUCCGGGGCUUUGUCUUGAAGACAGCCCAGUGGGUGUGCGUUACGCAGAUCUCGUCUCUGCCUUCCCACCUGGGAUCAAUGUGGCUGCAACAUUCAACCGCACUUUGAUGAGGCAGCGAGGGGCUGCCAUGGGUGCUGAGUUCCGUGGAAAAGGUGUCCAUGUCGCUCUUGGUCCAAUGAUGAACCUCAUGCGUACGCCCGAAGGCGGUCGUGGAUGGGAAGGAUUUGGUGGUGAUCCUUAUUUAUCCGGUGAAGGAGCAUACGAGACCACGAUGGGCAUCCAGUCAAAUGGCGUACAGGCCUCUGCGAAGCAUUACAUCAACAAUGAGCAGGAACACUCAAGGACCACGGAGACUUCGAAUGUAGACGAUAGGUAUCAACACGAGCUUUACUUGCAUCAGUUCCUUCGCAGCGUCCAGGCCAAUGUGGCGUCCGUGAUGUGCAGUUACAACCAAAUUAACGGCAGUUUUUCGUGUGAGAACGAUAAAACACUGAACGGUCUUCUCAAGUCGGAGCUAGGAUUCCAAGGAUAUGUAACUUCUGAUUGGUGGGCCACACACUCGACGACUGCGCCAAACCAUGGUCUAGAUAUGACCAUGCCUGGGGAUAUUAGCGCCAACUCUGGAACUACUUACUUUGGUCAGGCCCUCAUUGAUGCAGUCAACAACGGCUCAGUCGCUCAGUCUCGCAUCGACGACAUGGCAACUCGGAUUCUUGCAGCUUGGUAUCUGAUGGGCCAGGACUCCGACUUCCCUGCGGUCAAUUUCGACGCUUGGGAUAUCAAUGCAGCGGUCAACACGCAUGUCAAUGUCCAAGCUGACCACGGCAGCUUGAUUCGUACCAUUGAUGCCGCCUCGACGGUGCUCCUCAAGAACACGAACAAUGUACUACCACUCAAGGCUCCUGAGACCAUCGCUAUCAUUGGCAACGACGCUGGACCUGACUCGUUAGGAGCCAAUGGUUACACUGACCGUGGCGGAGAUGAUGGUGUCCUCGGAAUGGGCUGGGGCAGCGGAACGGAUGACUAUCCUUACCUUAUCACACCCAUUGACGCUAUCACGAAUCGCUCCAAAGCAGAUGGGACCGUCGUUUCCUCGUCUUUGAGCGAUACUGACCUGGAUACCGCUGCUACGGUGGCUUCUGGAAAGAGUGUGGCCCUUGUGUUUAUCAAUUCAGACUCCGGCGAAGGGUAUAUCACUGUCGAAGGCAACGAAGGAGAUCGCAAUGACCUACUAGCAUGGCACAGUGGAGACGCGCUUGUGCAAAAGGUGGCCAGCGUGAAUAAUAACACGAUCGUUGUAGUUAACGCUGUCGGUGCCAUUAUCGUCGAAGCGUGGAUAGAUCACCCUAACGUGACAGGCCUUGUAUGGAGCGGCCUUCCAGGCCAAGAAGCCGGCAACGGACUCCUCGAUGUUCUCUAUGGCGAUUAUAAUCCAAGCGCUCGGCUCCCCUAUACCAUCGCGAAGAAUACUACGGAUUAUUCGGCCUCUGUUAUCUACGUUGACACGACCGGCACGGACAUCCUCCAGAUUCCCUACACUGAGGGUCUCUUUAUCGACUAUCGACACUUCGAUGCCGCUGGUAUUGAACCCAGGUUCGAGUUCGGCUUCGGCUUGUCGUACACUACCUUCGACUACAAAGACUUGAAGGUCUCUGGCUCUGUUGGAUCGGGCACCCCUCCUUCGGGGCCUGGGUCAUCUCUCGACCCCUGGCUUCACGAGCCGGUCAUCGCAGUCAGCUUCACACUCUCCAACAACGGGACUGUCGCAGGACAUGAGACCCCUCAGUUGUACACGUCUCCCCCAGCAUCGGCCAAGUCGGCGCCUUUCAACCUCAAGGGCUUCGACAACGUCUUCCUCAGCCCAGGGCAGUCUGAGACGGUAUCAUUCAACCUGUCUCGCUACGACCUGUCGACCUGGAGCACUGUCACCCAGCGCUGGGAGAUCCCUCAAGGGACGACGGGCGUUUCUGUGGGUGCGAGCAGUCGCGACAGGAGGUUGACCGGUUCCAUCGAGAAUUAGAUGAUGACAGCUGGGGUUUCAAAAAGAGUACCGGCGGGAGGCUGGUACGCAAGCAAAUAUAGAGCUUCUCUUCUUUUCAGGGUUGUGUCAAUGGAUGUAUGUGUUUUCCUCUUCUGCGCAGUAGAUUCACGUGCAUGUCUUUGUGGUGAAUCUCUUGGAAUGCCGCUAGUCGGUUGCAAUAGCGGAGCCUCUCUCUGUACAUUGAGAAAGUUGUUGAUGAUAUGCGUCAGGCAUGGCUCGAUGGGCCGCUUCGAGACUUCCCUUUUCGACGAUAUGGGCUUGCCAUCACGCCGCUUGUGCUCACGGACCAGUCCACGGUGCACGAUAAUUAUUGGGUGCAACCCUCGAAUAAUCUCACAUGUCU